AUGCCAGCAUACCACUCCAUCUUCCUGGGCGACCAGGGCGUACAGCUAAUAGGCAACUUCCCGCUCCUCCCGCUUCGCACAAAAACCCGUGGUCCGGCCUACACGCUCCCCGCUCUGCCUCCCAAUGUCGACCCCCUCGACGUCGACCCGGACUCGGAGUCGUACGACUGCCUCGACGAGAUCCUGAGCCUGUUUCGCGCCAACACCUUCUUCCGCAACUUCGAGAUCAAGGGUCCCGCAGACCGCAUGCUCAUCUACGGCAUUUUGUUCUUGUCCGACUGUUUGACCAAAGUGAAGCCGAACAUGGACUCGCGAGCGGCCGAGAAGGCCCUGAUAAACGGUGCGUUGGAGCAGUUCAGCAUUCCGGGAGAGCCGGGCUUUCCCUUGAACCAGGCGUAUGAGGCACCAAGGGAUAGAAACGAGGCUGAGGCUCUGAGGAGUUACUUGAGCCAGGUCAGGCAGGAACUGGCGAUCAGACUGCAUGCGAGGCUCUAUGCGGAUGGAAGCAAUGUGCCGAGUAAAUGGUGGUUGAGCUUCACAAAGCGGAAGUUUAUGGGCAAGAGUUUAUAG